AUGGCUCCCGUGCAAAGGAUGCGUUUCGCCAACGAGAAAGCGAUGAAGAACGUCCUCAACCGAGGCAACGUACCCAAAACAGUCAAAUCUGAAAAAGAAUCAUAUCCAGUUGGACCAUGGCUGUUGGCACUCUUCAUCUUCGUUGUGUGUGGUUCUGCAGUGUUCCAAAUAAUCCAGUCUAUUAGAAUGGCAUAACAACCCUCCACAAUGAAAUGAUGAUGAAGUUCCACCAUGUGUAUGAAUAUUCUCCUAAGCUAUGAUAAUUUACAAAUAAUAUGCUCAUCCACUUAAUGUUUUAUACAAUGUGUGCAUGUUACCCUACAUGGUGUUGUGGACAAUUGCAAUACUGAGAUUAUGAAUCAAUUAAUUUGCUUUUAAAACCUAUAUCAACUUUGGGAGGCAAAAGAAAAUCUGAACAAAAUUGACAAUUGCAUUUCAAUAUGAAACUAAAUAAAUUUAAAGAAGAGUUUGGAAAGCUGCAUUCCCUGAUUUAUUUAAAAAUAUGUAAAGAAAUAUAAGUUUAAAUAUAUAUAAUUUAAAUAAAAUUAUAUUUUACCAUCUAGA